ACCUGGCUCGACAGACAAACCAGUAAUCCUCUGAUUCUGACUGUGACAGCUGCCAUAUUUGUCAUUGCUUUACUGGCUGUACGAUAUUUGCACAUUACAAAGAUUUUGUAUUUUGUGCCUUUCCAAAUUUGCAUGAUAAUAACGCCAGACUGUCUAAAAGAACUGACGUUAGCUGCUUUCUCCGGCUAACUUAUUAACCGGUAACAACACAACGGCCAGCUGACGGAAAACUGAGCUUGUUAGCCAGCUAGCGGUCUUUCCAGUCGAACUGCCCUUUGUCUUUACAAGCAAGUCAACUAGCUGGCAUUAUUUUUCCUCUUGGUUGGCUGACACCGGCUCCUGCAAUUUUCAUUUUUUUCGCCUGACAAAAGUUAAGCAAACCAAGAUAGGCGGCUUGGGAACCAAGAUGUCGAACCGAGUGGUGUGCAGAGAAGCAAGUCACGCCGGGAGCUGGUACUCUGCCUCGGGAUCCCAGCUGAACGCACAACUCGAAGGCUGGCUGUCCAAAGCAGAGUCCACGAUCAGACCUGCUAGAGCCAUCAUAGCGCCGCAUGCAGGGUAUACCUACUGUGGUGCUUGUGCAGCACAUGCCUACAAGCAGGUUGAUCCCUCUGUUACUCGUAGGGUGUUCAUCCUGGGACCUUCACACCAUGUGCCCCUCUCCCGCUGUGCCCUGUCACCUGCAGAGAUCUAUAGAACACCUCUCUAUGACCUGAGAAUCGACCAGAAGGUUUAUGCUGACCUCUGGAAAACUGGGUUGUUUGAGCGGAUGAGUCUGCAGACAGAUGAAGAUGAGCACAGUAUUGAAAUGCACUUGCCUUACACUGCUAAAGCCAUGGAGAGCCACAAAGACGAGUUUAGCAUCGUGCCUGUGCUUGUGGGUGCCCUGAGUGAAUCCAAGGAGCAGGAAUAUGGGAAGCUGCUCAGCAAGUACCUGGCAGACCCUUCCAACCUUUUCAUUAUCUCAUCCGACUUCUGCCACUGGGGUCAACGGUUCCGCUACACAUACUAUGAUGAAUCUCAAGGGGAGAUCUACCGGUCUAUCGAGCAUCUUGAUAAAAUGGGGAUGGGCAUUAUAGAAACUCUGGAUCCCAUGUCUUUCACCAACUACUUGAAGAAGUACCGCAACACCAUCUGUGGGCGGCACCCGAUUGGAGUGCUUCUAAAUGCUGUGGCUGAGCUGAGGAAGUCUGGUUUAGAAAUGAACUUCUCUUUCCUGAACUACGCCCAAUCAAGUGAGUGCAGGAACUGGCAGGACAGCUCCGUGAGUUACGCUGCCGGGGCCCUCAUCGCUCAUUGAGGUCAACUUCCGCAGGGGCCACCGCAGCGCCGCCGCCCUGCCCUUACUAUGUAUCGCCAUAACCUUGAACCAGACAUCCUCCCUCUCACCCCACCCCCAGAUACGCCCACCCUUUGCAGGAAGGACCUAGACACUCAAAGCCAAUACCGUCUUCUUUCUCCGUCUCUCACUCAGCUCUCCUCCACCUUUUCUCCACCCUCGUCUCAGUUUGAAGUGUGUCUCAGAGCUUUUGGUUGAAAUAUUUAGCUUGAAGUACAGUUUUGAGAUUGUGUAGGCGGAAAUGGUUUGAGGAGAUGGGAAGAGUGCGUGUCAUUUUGGCUCGGCGUAAGCUUUGGGAGGGGGAAAUCUUAUUUGGGUUUGUCCCAAUUAGUUUUCCCCACAAAACUAUAGAUUUGUAAAAAUGCAAUCUUUACAUUUGGGCUCUUGGCGAUCGAUGCUCAUGUAAUUUGCCUCAGAAAAGGAAUGAAAAUAAAACUGCAGAUCUUAAUGGAGCAUAUUGAAAUUUUGCCAGAUGAAAAUGAAAUGAGUGUUUUGACUGACUGCUUCAAGCUACAUGCGACUUACACUUUGAAAACAGCGUCAUAGGUAAUUACUACCAUCGCUCAACAUAUAUUGUAGUUGCUAACAAAGGGCUGCACCCAACAAAGUUCACUAACUCCCUAAUGUACAAAACCAAAAACAUUAUUACUCUUUUUAUUACAUUUUUAUCUUUUAUUCAUAUUUUAUUCCUUUUUAUUUCUCCCAUUUUUUUUAGUAGUUUUAUUAGAUGUGAAAGUAUUUACUCAAGUAGUGUGUAGAUUUGAACAAAAGCAGUGUUGUCUGUUUGGCUCUAAAUCCAUCAACAUGGUUUGCCCAAUAAAUUAGUGUGUGCAACACUGCUUCCAGAUUCCAAGUCUAUGCCUGUAGCAUUAUUGAUAUGUUGUGUGGGGGGCCAGACUCCAGUUGUGCUACAGAAAUGUAAUCAAAGCAGGAUAUUGUGUAGAUUCCUCCAACACUGACACCUCUAGUGUCUGUUUACACUGCCACCUUGAAUCUUUGCAGUUAUUGACUUGUCAGGAGACUUGAAAAUGUAUUUUAUUACACAUUCAGUUCUGCCACCUGAUCAAAGUGGAAAAGGUUCCAGAUGAUCUGCUUACAUUGUUGGAAAGGUCAUUAGGUCUGUUCACAAGGUAGUCAUUUACUCUUUGUGAUUUAAGAAUGCCAAAGUAAUUGGGAAGACAUUAGUCAUCCUUAUUUAAAGGUUUUCUUUCCUUUGAUGUUGCUUCCGUGUGUAGAACAAUUCAAAAUACCUCUCGAGGCAGCAGGAGCAUCGAUAAGACAAGGUUAGCUAAAACAAGUAUUACAUGGUCUGAGGUUCAAGAUCAGCACAAAGGGUUAAGAAUCUACCCAGAAAAGGGACACGCAGUAUAUUGCUCCCUUAUUUAUUUUGGAAUCUAUUAAAGAAAAAAUAUCAAGCACGAGGAUACAUACAAAAUAAAAUGUUUCUUUCUUUUUCAAAGUAAUAGAAUAUGUAUGUAGGUCAAAUAGUUGCAUGGAUGAUCAAAGGGCAUACUAAUGCAUAAACCUGAUGAUUCAUUGUGGCAGUAUAGGCAUUUAAUGACUAUAUGAUAUCGGCAACACACGAAGACGUUUGAUAUUUUUAUAUCUCUGACUGACUUUCACUGAUGCAGUCCUCUAACGUUGGUCCGCCCCUCUCCACACAUCACAUUUAGCACAUUAAGCUACAAUGUCUGGUUGAAACAAGUGUGCACAGACUGAAAGUCUGAAAACCUCUGACUCACUUAACCGCUGAUGCUAAUUUAAGGGAAACUAGUAAAGCAUGACACACUGUGCUAUUGUGCCUUUUAUCACUGUUGCACAUAUAAAUAUAAAGUGUUUUCUCACUUUUACUCUUAUUUUAGGAUGUGUACUUUCAGUUUUCUUUCCUUCUACAUGUACCCUCGCCUCGCCUCACCCCCCCCCCCCCCCCCCCCCCCCCCCAGCACUCCAGGAGUGUGUGACCUGUCCCCUCAUCUGUGGCUCUAAAAUGGCACCAACUGUUAUCUUCUUUCUCCAUCAGGGAGUGGUGUUUCUUUUCGCCACCUCACCUCAUUCCUGUAGAGACAAAAGGCUGAACCUCAACACUGUUCAUUGUUUUGUUUAUGGAUCUUUGUUUGUGUUUUAGGAAUGUUUUUUUUUUUGUAUUAUGUUUUUUUUUUUUCUUUUCUUAGAGAAUGGGAACUUACACGUCACAAAUCUAAAAUAUACUAGUUAAGUACUCCCUACAUGGAGUUUUUUUGAUCUCAGGUUCCACUGACAAAACAUCCCAAAAGGCUCUUCAGAUAAAGCCGUGGAUUCAUGUUACAAAACAAGUAAAAUGUACUGAAAAGCA